AUGGAGGCCUUCCGCAAGGUCAAGCCGACAUGCGUGCAACUCAUGUCCAUCGCGGCCCAACCACCGACCACGACAUCUCGACAUGCUGGGCUGUUGAGCUCCCUUGUCGGCAUGGUCCGCACUUUUCCCCCAGCAGCAUUCACUCCCAGCCUGAUCAAUUACCUCAUCUUCCCACUCACCACCACACUCCGACACACUGCCGCACCGGCGACUCUGCCCGAUGCCUUCCUCGAGGCGGCCUUUCGUCUGCUCUCCAUCGUGGUGCGGCACUGGCGCGCUGUACCCGGCGGCAUGGAUCCCGCAGCGUGGGAGCAGCUCUGGCGCUUUACCGUCUCCGCCGUCGGAACCGGGGGGAGAGGGAAGGACCGCGCGGCCGGACAAGAGGUGCAGCUGGACGCGUUGGAACUAAUCACUUCACUCCUGGAGCCGCACUCCGAAGGGGGUGUGGUUCACCCCACACCAGCCAUGAGGCGCGCAACCUCCGGCCCUAAAGCACCGCUCAUGCCCACACUGUUCCAAAGCAUCACCUUCGCGGUUGACUGCGCCGCUCCAUCACCUCCUCAUCCCGCACUGCAGCGUGCAGCUGUCCGCCUCAUUCGCACCCUGCUCGGAUACCUCGCGGGUCAGAGCGCCGUGUUGGCAUCUGUUCUUCCCGGUAUCGUGAGCGCCAUGGCCAAAGACAUCCUCGGUCUGGGCAAGGCUCUGAAGGGAGACGUGGGAGCGGAAAUGGUCGGCGCGAUCCAGGACGUCGUGACGGAGACGCUUGGCGACGAGAUGUUGCGACGCCUUGGUGUGCUGCGACCGCAGUUCAACGGUCUUUCCGAGCUCGCGGAAGGGUGGGAGCGUGGUGAUAUGGAUGAGCCACCUUCCCCUUCACCGUCCACAGCUUCCGCGACAUCGAAGCCGGCCGACCCAUUCCCUCCGCUCACGGCGUCUUACCUCGACUUCACGAGCGCAAGGCUACAAAGUACCAUCCCGCCAGUGCUCAUUGCGCUUACCGGGCAUAACUCAGACCUCGCGCGGUGCGCCGCUGCGUCGCUCGCAUCUGCUCUCAUCGAGCAAUGCUCCGAGGCUCUUCCACGCCUCCUGCCGCCAUCUCUUUCCACACUGCUCAUCUUGAGCAGGGAUGAUUUUAGUCCGAUACGUGACGACGCGCUUGCAAAACUCCACCGUCUUUUACGAGCUCACGACCUCGACGGUGCACUGCUAGACCUCCUCAGCGGCUCUAUCAACGCGCUUCCCCGCUUGAUUCGGGCGGGGGACGACACAAGGGUAAACGAUGCCGCUCGCCUCGUUACCGCGAUUGCGAAUGUCACAUCCACCAAGGAUUCUACCGCGAUCGCUCAGCUGCUGGGUCCCAGCGGACAUGUGGAGCGCUGGGCGUGGGCGCUGCUCGAUUGUCUUGAGCUCGGGCGUCCGCUGGGGUGGAGCUCUGGUGUUAAUGCUGCGCACCGAACUGCAGAGUUGGGGUGGACCGGCAGCAUGGUGUCCAGCAAGAUGAUUGAGGGAAGUGACAGUGCGGACAUAACUUAUCCUCACCUCUCUUUGCGAUACGUGGAGUCGGAGGUCUCCGCGAAUGCCCUUGGCGCCAUGCUUAAAGCUCUCGGCGCCGCGGGCGGGGAGGCGGGCUUGCACAGCGUCGAUUACUUCAUCCGCUUUGCAAAAGCCCACCGUCUCCGUGACCCCGCUAAGGCUGCAUCGGCGGUGUGGGUUGUGCAACACUUGCUGGUAGGCGUUGCCUCCAUGCACGCUGAUAAGGCGCCUCGCGCCGUACGCAAGGUGGCACGGCAAGUCGCGCGCACACUGGUGGCCAUGGACGAUGAUGAGGACGAGGACGGGGAGUGGGACGAUGAGACAACCGAUCCGGCCGACGCGGAAGCACUGGUCCCUGUCGAGCGCGCGCGCGGACUUGACGAACUCACAACACUGCUGGACAAGACACCACGCAAUUCGACUGCAGCGGCCGAGACUGCACGCUUGCAUGCAGCGGCUCAACGUGUACUCCUCAGUGCGCUCUCGCUCUCCUCGCUUGCGGGGUGCGCCUCUAGUCUGGGGCAAGGUUUCCGUCCACUACUCCUCCAUGCACUUUACACCAUCCUCGCGGCCCUUUCAUCGCCACACGACCUUGUGCGAUCAUAUGCUGAGCUCACUUUGGAGCGCGUCGCUCACGAGUGCGGAUAUGCAAGCUCACAAAACAUGGUGCUUGACAACGUCGACUACGUCGUUAAUGUUGUAUCCCAGCGCCUCACGUACCACCGCCUGAGCCCACAUGCGCCGCUCGUGCUCAUCGCCAUGAUUAGGCUCGUGGGCGCACCCAUCGUGGCGUUAGUUCACGAUGUGGUGGACGAGGUCUUUGACGCGCUUGACGAUUUCCACGGAUAUGCCGCACUCGCAUCAGCCCUCCUUGCAGUCCUUACCACGCUUAUCGACGUCAUGGCCGCCGACAUCGCGUCCUCGGGACCAACGGAGGAACGCGCCGCUGCAAGAGCGGAGGCCAGGCGCUUUCUCGAUCCGCCCAACCCGCAGCGUGACUUCAGCAACUUUGCUCAGUGGUACAAGGCGCGCGGAGAUCUUGCGCGUGCUGAGGCCGAGGAGAUUAUAGAGCGCGUUCCCAAAGGUCCACUUGGCAAGUAUGCGAAGGAUCAAGAUCAGACGGAUCACAUGGACGAAGACAAACCAGAGGAGCCGGACGGUCCACCACCCCCCACACGCUCACAGGAGGUGGCCGCCCAGAUCCUGGCCAAGGCCGGCUAUUACCUGAGCCACGCAUCGCCAUUCCUCCGCGCACGCGUUCUAGGCCUGAUUGCACGUGCAGUCCCUGUUCUGGCACAGGCAGGAAGGGAGGGCGACCUGCUACCUGUGAUUGAUGGCGCCUGGCCUGCGAUUAUGGCGCGGCUGGAUGACGGCUUACCAUACGUCGUCUCUGAGGCCGCCGCCGUUGUCGCGUCCCUCUCCGAGUAUGUGGGCGAGUACGUCUCUCGGCGAGUGGCGGACGACGCAUGGCCUCGCAUGGCCCAGAUUCUGCGGGCGACAAAGGUUCUUGAGGCCAAGUCGAGCCUCAAGGGUGCGUACACAGUCGCGCAUCGGCUGUACUUGUCGCUGAUAGCGACGGCCAAGUUCAUUGCGACUGAGGUUCCCGUCAAGGAGGGGCUUCUGUGGGACAUGAUGCUGUCUUUCCGCCCCUUUUUGGAUAGGAGAGCGGAAACCGAGAUCCAGCAGCGCGCCGUGGAGUUGUAUGCUGCCUUGGGGGCGCGUGACGGCGACGCCCUCUGGGUUGCCCUCAGCGCCACGACUGGCGCUGUGGGGGGCGUGUGGGCGUACCUCCGCGACGAGAAGCUGGAAAUCAGGGAGAACGUCGCGACAGUUUUCGCUGAGGGUGGUGAUGGGGAGGGGGUUGUUGAAGAGGUAGAUCUGGACGCGUCGGUUGACGCGCCCGUGGAGACGGAGCCGGAGCCGGAGACGGAGCCGGAGCCGGAGCCGGAGCCGGAGAUCGAGUACACGCUCGACGCCGACCUGGAUCUCGACUAG